CAUUUAUGCAUGCGUUUAAAGUAUUGAAUGAUAGUGGACAUAAUUACUAUGAGUGUAAUGUGACAAUCAGUUUUCCUGAAGUAAUAGCGAGCUGUAAAUGCGUAGCGGUGCGAGUAGCGGAGGCGUGCGAGCGCGCUCGGUGGUGGUGGCGGCAUGGGCGGUGAGCAAGGGAUGCAGCCCGGCUCGGUGGUGCACGGGCGAUCGGAUCGGGCUGCGGCUGCCGGCUCUCAGUGUCGCUCAGAUCGCGGCGCGCGUUGGUCGUGCGUCGAGCGCGUGUGGAGUGAUGUCUGCGAGAUGAGGCUGUCGCUGGUGCUACUGUGGCUGGGCGCGGCGGCGGCAUGCGGCCCGAGCCGCGGCUACACCCGCCGUCAGGGCACGCGCCGCAUCACACCCCUGGUCUUCGGGCAGCACGACCCUAACAUUAGUGAGAACAAGAAUACCGCCAGUGGACCUCCUGAGGGUCGCAUCACCAGAGACGACGAGAGGUUUAAAGACUUAGUGCCGAAUUAUAAUCCGGACAUCGACUUUAGGGAUGAUGAGGGGACCGGUGCUGAUCGCCUCAUGACACAGUUACUGUUAAAGACUAGUUCUGUGAAUGAAUAG